AUGUGCACUGUCACACCCACCAUCUAUACCUGCGGAUACCAGAGAAAAAAGUUCUUGCCCUGUUAUGCGUGGAUAAAUGUGUAUGGACUGCUAGGUGUGAAAUGUCCUUACCAUUGCAUCGAAGGUACCAUAUUGGAUGACGAGUCAUGCUUGAGAUCUUCCUGUGUAUGGCUUUCGGAUCGGAAGAGGUGCAUGAACCAUUUUGCCAGUUGA